AUGAAUGAGCAAUCAGUGAAGACAAGAAGAUCCAGCCGGCAGACAGCUCAACCAAAGCCUCCACUUUCUUACAUUGCACUUAUAUCAACAGCGAUACUCAGCUCUCCUCGUAAAAAGCUCACGUUGACCGAAAUAAACAAGUACCUCGUGGAUAAUUACGAGUUCUUUCGAGGAAGUUAUCAGGGCUGGAAAAACUCGGUGCGGCAUAACCUCUCAUUUAACAAGUGCUUCGUGAAAAUACUGAAGGAUCCAUCGCGUCCAUGGGGCAAGGACAAUUACUGGACAGUUUUGGUGGAUUUAUUGGAAGAGUACAUUAAAGAAGACGGGAAUUUUAGGCGCAGAAGAAAACGCCAGCCUCGACCAAAAGGAAAGGUUGAGCCAUAUGACGUCACAGAGGGAUUCAACGUUAAACACACGACACAAAACGAAAAAAAGAACUUCGAUAUCAGCCCCAGCCCAGACGUAUUGACCCAAAGCAAGGGAAAUAUAGAUCUGAACAGAUUUUCCAUCGAUAGGCUACUGCAGGUGGAAGAUGAAGUUCGGAAUGACGAUAAAUUUGGCUAUCAGAUGUUUGGUGGCCCUACAACUGCGUUUCAAGGUAUGAUAUCCAAGGGUAAAAAGUAA